AUGUCAUCCUCCAACGCUCCUGCCUGGUCGACCCAACCCAAUCCAUACCCUCCGGCUCGCCGUGACGAGAAAGCUUCCCAAACCUACAAGUCGGCUGCCAAGGGAUCAGUCACCGUGCCUGAGCCCUACAUCUGGCUAGAACAGCCCCCCUCGCAAUCCGAAGAGACCAAGGAAUGGGUUCAUGCCCAAGCGAAGCUCACCCAGACCUAUCUCGACGACUGCCAGCCUGAUCUCGAUAUCCUCAAGUCUCGCAUCGAAAAGAACUUCGACUUUGCUCGCUUCUCCUGCCCUUCGCUCAAAGGAGAUGGUCAAUACUAUUACAGCUACAACUCGGGACUGUCCCCACAGUCGUUAAUUUACACAGCCAGUAAAGAGGAGGUGCAGAACAACGCUGGAAGGAACGGCCGCGACCCCAUUGGCAAGAUUUUCUUCGACUCGAAUCUCUUGAGUGCUGACGGCACAGUCGCUCUCAGCUUCACCACCUUCUCGCAUUCCGGCAAGUACAUGGCUUACGGCAUCAGCAAGAGCGGAAGUGACUGGACUGAGAUCUUCAUCCGUGAGACUGUUAAGCCGUUCAAGCUCGACGACGCUCACUACAACUCGAAUGGUACCAUCAAGCUCUCCAAAGAGGAGCUGGCCAAGCAUGUCGAUGCCAGUGGUGGAAAAGGCCGUCUGGGAGACCAGCUGGAGAAUGUCAAGUUCUCCGGUGCUACCUUCACUCACGACGACAAGGGUCUCUUCUACCAAACCUACCCUUCUUCUUCCGUCACCGACAAAGGUACCGAGACCGACGCCAACAAGGAUGCACAGCUGUGGUACCACCGUAUCGGAAGCCCGCAGUCCGACGAUGUCCUGGUUAUCAGCAAGGAUCUCAAGGCUCCGGAGUCGAUGUGGUCCACCAACGUCUCGCACGACGGCAACUUCCUGAUGCUCUACAACAGCAAGGACACCGACACAAAGGAGCGUGUCUACGUCUUGCCUCUUCACAACCAUGGCAUUGACGCCAACAACCAGUUCAGUUGGAUCCCAUUGGCCUUGUCGUUCAAGUACGUGCUCAACUACAUCACCAACAAGGGCAACCGAUUCUACUUCAUGACCAAUAAGGAUGCUCCCAACUACCGUCUUGUCUCGGUCGACAUCGACCCUAGCAAAGCUUUGGCGACCAAGAACGUUUGGGAGCUGACCGGAGAGGAUGCUGUGGUCAAGGACGUGAUCGCCGAAGAUAAGAAUGCUUUGUUGGGAUCCGUUCAAGUCAUCGACCACAACAAGCUGCUGGUGGUCUACUCGAGGGAUGUCAAGGAUGAGCUUUACCAGUACGAACUCGAGACAGGAAAGCGCGUCGAGAGGUUGCUGCCAGACUUGGUUGGCACCAUCGACCAGAUCGCUGCCAGGUACAGCGAUGAUCAUGCUUUCGUCAAAUUUGGCUCUUUCGUCAACCCCGGCCAGGUCGUCAGGCUCAAUUGGGAGACCAACUCUGCUCCCGAUGCUAAGAAGCAGGAGCAGACCGCGUACUACGACACCCAGGUCGAAGGGAUCAAGGCCAACGAUUUCGUCUCAGAACAGGUGUUCAUCAAGUCCAAGGAUGGGACUCGUGUCCCCAUGUUUGUCACCCACCCUAAGACGGUUCAGAAGGAUGGCACCGCUCCGGCUAUUCUUUACUUCUAUGGAGGUUUCAACAUUUCAAUCACGCCUGUCUUCUCGCCCUCGAUGAUGUCUUGGAUCUCGUCUUACAACGGUGUCCUGGCUUUUGUCAACUGUCGCGGUGGGGGGGAAUACGGCGACAAGUGGCAUGAAGCAGGCACACUGCUCAACAAGCAGAACGUAUUCGACGAUGCUCUCUCAGCGGCUAAGUAUCUGCAUGAAUCUGGCUAUGCAGCUAAGGGCAAGAUCAUCUUGUCCGGUGGUUCCAAUGGAGGUCUUGGUGUAGCAGCAUGUAUUAACCAGCAGCUGCCCGAACAUGGUAUUGGAGCCGGAAUUGCAGAUGUGGGAGUCAUGGACAUGCUCAAGUUCCAUACUUGGACGAUCGGCCACGCUUGGAAAAGCGAUUACGGUAACGUCGAAGACCCGGAGAUGUUUGAUUAUCUAUACAGGUAUUCACCCCUUCACAAUGUUGAUGGGAAGAAGGUGUACCCUACAACAGUACUAGCAUGUGCUGACCACGACGACAGAGUGGUUCCAGCUCACAGCUUCAAGCUCAUGGCCGAGAUGCAACACAAGCUAGCCAGUAACCCUAAUCCUUUGUUAUUGAGGGUGGAGAUUGACGCUGGACAUGGAGCCGGAAAGAGCACACAGAAGCGGAUUCAGGAGGCUGCUGAAAAGUACGCCAUUGUUGCUCGAGCACUUGGCCUCAAAAUUCGGGAGGAAGGUAGCCGACUGUGA